CCAUUACACAAUCAUCUCUCCUUUUCCCCUCCACCUUCCCCACAAAGUCCUUCUCGCUUUUGCUUUUAAUUAUUUAUUAAUAACAAUGCUAUAAAAAUAUUCAAUUUCUUUUUGUUACUAUUCUUCUUCCACAGCAUCAUCAUUUCAAUUUGGGAUGUAAAUUCAAAGACACAGAGACAUUCAGAGCCUUCACAGACAGACCCAGACUUGUGUUUUUUUCCUCAGGUUUCCUUCUGAAUUCAGAGGGAAGGGAAGAAACAAAGCAACAAUCAAUUUCUUGAUCUGGGUCGGGUCAGAGUCGGGUCUCUCGUGUUCCGGUCUGCUUCUGCCGCUGCCCUUCCUUGGUGGUAUUGUUUUCAUAAUCAUCCACUCUCUGGGUUUGUUUGUUUGUAUUUUGUCAUUAAUUUUAUGAAUUUAUUAAUUUUGGUUCCUUCUCUCUUACAUAAUUGGCCUCUUCAUUACAAUAUUGGGAAUUCUCUCUCUCUCUCUCUCUCUCUCCCUCCCUCCCCCACUCGUGUUAUCUUCCUCCUCCUUACUUGGGUGAUAAUCUCAAAUAAAUAUUGUUCAUCGACAUUUUGUGACUAGAGUAUGCUCCGUUUACUCCUUUCGUCGUAUUUCAGUUUUUUGUUUUACUUUUGUAAAACUGGAUGAUGCCCUCGGUUUGGUGCUGGUAGAUCUUAAAUUUUAGCUUUCUGGAAUAACUUUUUCUUUUCAUUGGAGCUGCAGAUUUUUAAAUUUAUGGUUGAAGCUGCCAAUCAUAUUCUUAUAUAUUACAUUUCGUUCUUACGAUCUUCAAUUAGCGGUAUAUUAAGAUUGUCUUUGGCUUCCUCAGCUACUGAUUUAACCAAAUUCAUUUCUGAUUUUAAACUCGCGCACAUGAACAGUUUUUAGUUUCGUUUUUUUAAUGGGUAAGGGCGAGGGAAUUCGAAUGUUAUUUUUUAUGCCUUAAUGAUAGCUUUCUCCAUUGUUGUAUCAUUCACGAGCCUAUCAGAAAUACGAUGUUGCAGUCUAGGCGGUCCUAAAUCGAGGUCUUCAUGGCUGGGAUUGAUGAUAAUGUUACUUUAAUUAGCGACUGGGGUCCUCCUACUCCGAGUCCGAGAACGUUUUUCUCUAAGAUGCUUGGUGAAGAUAAUCUUACAAGACAAAUCUCAGAGCCUCCUGGAAGUGGUAGUAGAACUGGGGAGUCCUUUCUGCGAAAUGAAGAGCUCAUUAUGACUGGAAAUUUCAACACAAGAGAUAGAGCACCACCACAAGAUGAUGCUUCUGGUGGCCAAUUAACUGACUCAACUUCUUUGUCUGACAAUAAGUCUAGCUCACGAGGAAACCUGGUUGAAAGGAUGGCUGCUAGAGCUGGAUUUAAUGCCCCAAGGUUGAAUACUGAAAGCAUUAGAUCAGCUGAUCCUACACUUAAUUUAGAUGCUCGAUCUGCUUACUUUACCAUACCGCCUGGCCUCAGUCCCACCUCACUUUUGGAGUCGCCGGUGUUCCUUUCUAAUUCGCUGGCACAACCGUCUCCAACCACCGGAAAGUUUCCAUUUAUUGCAAAUGGCAACUUCCGUGGCUCAGAACCAAACUCUGGUUCUCCUGAAAAAUCUAAAGAUAACGACUUUGAUGACAUCUAUGCAUCAUCGUUUGCUUUCAAGACUACAACAGAUUUGGGCUCUUUCUAUAAUGAUGCUUCUACAAAAAUUAAUCCAACCACGCUGCCAGAACAGUAUCUUACUGUGGAGGUUUCGGGCUCAGCUCCUGACUUUACUGACUCUCCGAGUCAAAAUGAUAAUAAAGCAUCCGUUGAGGAGCCAGCAGAUGAAGAAGGAGAUCAAAGAGGAAAUGGAGACUCCCCGGCUGCUGGUGCUGGGGGCACACCAUCUGAGGAUGGUUAUAACUGGAGAAAAUAUGGACAAAAACAUGUUAAAGGUAGUGAGUUUCCACGAAGUUACUACAAAUGCACGAAUACAAAUUGUCCGGUAAAGAAGAAAGUGGAAAGAUCUCACGAGGGCCACAUAACAGAAAUCAUCUACAAGGGAAAUCACAACCAUCCAAAACCUCCCACAAAUCGCAGAUCUGCAAUAGGGUCUGUCAACAACCCUCUCAGUGACAUGCAAGCAGACAUAUCCGAAAGUGCUGAACCACAGGGUGGGGGUGAUGGUGAACUGGGCUGGGCAAGCACACAAAAAGGGAAUAUAGCUAGAAAUAAUACUGAUUGGAAGUAUGAGAACCCUGAAGUGACCUCACCAGCAGCAGCAUCUGUAGGCCCUGAAUUCUGCAACCAGUCCACCAAUUUGCUGGGUCAGAAUGGUGCUCGAUUUGAAUCAGGAGACGCAGUGGAUGCCUCAUCUACUUUCUCUAACGAUGAGGAUGAUGAUGAUAGGGGUACUCAUGGCAGUGUAUCAGCAGGAUAUGAAGGAGAAGGAGAUGAAUCAGAGUCUAAAAGAAGAAAACUGGAAUCUUAUCCAAAUACGGCAGAAUUGAGUGGAGCCACGAGAGCUAUUCGGGAGCCUAGAGUAGUUGUUCAAACUACCAGCGAAGUAGAUAUUCUUGAUGAUGGAUAUCGUUGGCGAAAAUACGGACAAAAAGUUGUCAAAGGAAAUCCCAAUCCCAGGAGUUACUAUAAGUGCACCAAUGUUGGUUGCACAGUAAGGAAGCAUGUAGAGAGAGCAUCCCAUGACCUAAAAUCUGUGAUCACUACUUAUGAAGGAAAGCACAAUCACGAUGUUCCUGCAGCCCGCAAUAGCAAUCAAGGCAAUGCUGCAGCUUCUAGUGCUGCUGCUCAAGCAACUUCUGUUAUUCAUGGCCACAGGGCUGAAGCUCCACAGGUUCAUAACGGUAUUGGAAGGCUUGAUAGGCCUGCUUUGGGCCUGCGCUCGUUUAGCUUACCUGGGGCUGGGCCUGGUCCUGGGAGGCCACAGCUAGGGCAUGGGGGCUUUUCAUUUGGAAUUGGAAUGAACCAAUCAGGUUUCCCCAAUCUAGCAACUGUGGCAGCUUUGGGCCCGGCCCAUGCUAAACUUCCCAUUAUGCCUGUUCAUCCAUUCUUGCCACAUCAAUGUCCACCAAAUGAAAUGGGCUUUAUGUUGCCCAAAGGAGAGCCCAAUUUGGAUCCCAUUCCAGACCGCGGGGUUAGCAUACCCGCUGGUUCAUCAGUAUAUCAAGAUAUAAUGAGUCGGAUGCCACUUGGACCUCAUAUGUAAAAUUUUUCCUUAUUAUUUAAAUAGAAAAAAAACUAAUAUAUAGUAACAUAUAUGUGCUGGUGCUCACGUUGCAAAUUUAUUAAUUUGUGAUUCUACUAA